GACUUACAACAAAGCUAACAAAACGAUAUCACGUGCUUCCUGGAAAUUGGAUUUCACGUUGACAAAAAAUAAACCAAGGAGAAUGUCAAGAUCAAGGACCAUGACAUGCAUUCUUCUCGAUCCACGUGCAGAUGUUCAUGGCCGAGCGCUCCAAUAUUAUAGGGACCUGGGAACGAGUUUGAAUAGAAAGUGUGGAUGUGGAAGAAAAAUUUGACAGGUAAAAAGGGGGGGGGGCUUACAAAAUGAAGGUGAUUAAAUCACCUUCAGAUUUGGUUAAAUUUCUCGUAUUUAGCAUACAGGAUUUUCAAGGACACGAAGAACCAGCUCUCUAUGCAUAUCCCCGCUUCCCAGGGCCAUGGCUACAACGUAAAACUACGUAGAGUAACUCUAUAUAUACACUUGAUCUUGUUUUGCACUCUAGUCCAAACAACUACACGUAGCACGUGUUCAAUUCGUGCAAUGACGUCAUGAAUUUGGCUGAGCUGCGCUGCCUUGCAUACUACAAGGUCAUGGGAGAACGUUUUUCAGAGAUACUUUUAAUAAAGACAAGUGGUGUUUCGCAGCUAGAAAGUUUAGCAUCCCUUGUUCAAUCGGGUACACAUCAUUUAUAUCUCUGUUGAUAAAAACCGAUAUAUCAAACAAUGGAUACAAUUGGAAAUUCAACAAUAUGCCGAAAGAAAACAUGCGAAGCUGAAGAUGAGGAAUGCUGGCCAUGUCAAGAUCUAUGCAAGCCAAAUGUUGUCUGUUUACAAGACUUUGAGGAAUAUGCAAAGAAGAACAUGACGAAAGAAAUAUUCGAUUACUAUGCAGGUGGAUCUGGUACUGAACAGAGUGUGAGAGAUAACCAAGAGGCAUUCAAACGAAUUCGUUUACAAUCGUAUAUUCUACGAGAUGUGUCAUCGAGGGAUAUAUCCACCACCAUCCUGGGACAGAAGGUACCCUUCCCCUUUGCCAUCGCCCCUACAGCUAUGCAGAAGAUGGCCCACCCAGAAGGAGAAGUGGCCAUGGCGAGAGCCGCCACAGCCAUGGGAACCGGCAUGGUUUUGAGUGCUUGGACAACGUGUACAAUAGAGGAAGUAGCAGAAGCAUCAGGUGAUGGACUGCGCUGGUUCCACGUGCACAUCUUCAGGGACAGGUCAAUUACGAGGAAGAUCAUUGAACGGGCGGAGAGGGCGGGCUACAAGGCUAUCUUCGUUUCUGGUGACACACCUGUCCUGGGAAGGAGGCUUCGAGCGUUGAGGAGUGAAUUCGCGUUACCAUCCAAAUUCAGAUUACAGAGCUUUCCAACGCAGUUGGAGAUUGAGGAUGGGGCAGAUAAUGACUCCUUCCCGCAAUACGUGGACACCCAAAUCGAUGAUGCCGUUAGCUGGGACGACAUAGAGUGGGUCAGAAGCAUCUCGUCACUGCCAAUUGUCGUUAAAGGCAUUCUUACAGCUGCUGAUGCCCGAGAAGCAGUAUCGCGUGGUGUAGCGGGUAUAUGCGUCUCGAAUCACGGAGGUAGACAAUUAGAUGGAGUUCCUGCAUCGAUCGAUGUCCUAGAGGAGGUUGUGGAUGCUGUUCGAGGAUCCAGUAUGGAAGUAUUCUUUGAUGGCGGUAUUCGAUCCGGAAAUGAUAUCCUCAAAGCUCUGGCACUAGGAGCCCGAGCUGCAUUCAUAGGUCGACCGGCUCUCUGGGCUCUUAAUUAUGAUGGGACUGCAGGAGUCUGUAAAAUGCUGGAAAUUCUUAAAAAAGAAUUUAGCGUUGCCAUGGCUUUGACAGGUUCACUUAGUGUUGCUGACGUAACAAAAGACUUGCUGAGGAGGCAAAUCAUUUACGCCAAGCUAUGAGGAUUCGAUUGCCAGCACACAUUCAUCAUAAAAAUAUACGCUAGAAAAGAUUGAACAAAACGAUAAUAUUAUACGAGUUGAUGAACAUUAUUGUGUCC